GUUGACUCCGUUGACUAGAUAAGACAUCUCUCUCGAGAAGCAGCUCGAGGUAGUCUCGUAUGGCUUCCACAGCCAGCUCUUCUCCUUUCUCUCUCUCCCUUCCUCCUCUCGAGCGAAACUACGACGUUUUUCUCAGCCACAGAGUCGAAGACACCGGCAGUGGUUUCGCCGCCGAUCUCCACGAUGCUCUAACGGCUCAAGGAAUCGUCGUUUUUAAAGACGACGGAGCGAAACCCGUGACCGAGACGCUGAGGGCGGUCGAGGAAUCGAGGGCUWCGAUCGUGGUUUUCUCAAAGAAGUACGCAGAUUGGAUUCGAAUGAAGGAGAUGGCGAAGAUUGUAAYGUGUAAGGAGAGGAUGAAUCAGUUGGUUCUUCCUGUUUUCUAUCAGAUUGAUCCAGCCAACGUGAGCAAGCAGAUGGGGAACUUUGAGAAGCCGUUUAGUGAACAUGAAGAGAAUGAUAUUGAAGAAAUUCAAACAUGGAGGGAUUCUAUGAACCAAGUUGGCCACCUCUCUGGAUGGCAUCUCAAAGAGUCGCAGUCUGAAGAGGAGGUUAUCAAAGAAAUUGUGAAGCAUAUUUUCAACAAAUUACGUCCUGAUUUGUUUCGAUACGAUGAUAAACUGGUUGGAAUUAGCUCAAGAUUACACCAAGUAAACAUGCUUUUGGGCAUAGGAUUGGAUKAUGUGCGAUUUGUUGGAAUUUGGGGUAUGGGUGGAAUUGGCAAACAAACCAUGGCAAGAAUUAUUUACAAAAAUGUGUCCCAUUUAUUUGAAGGAUGUUACUUUUUGGACAAUGUCAAGGAAGCUUUCAAAGAUGAAGGCUUGAAUUCAUUGCAAGAGAAACUUCUAUCAGGGGCUCUAAUGAAAAGAAACAUUGAGAUUCAAGAUGGUGAUGGAGCUACAUUGAUUAAGAGAAGAAUAAGUAAUAUUAAGGCUCUGAUUGUUCUUGAUGAUGUCAAUCACUUGAGCCAACUUCAAAAGUUGGCGGGAGGUUGUGAUUGGUUCGGUCCGGGAAGUCGAGUCAUCGUCACGACGAGAGACGAACAUCUUCUCGUUUCCCAUGGCAUUGAGAGAAGAUACAAGGUCGAGGGGCUAAACCUUGGAGAGGCUCUACGGCUUUUUUCCCAUAGAGCUUUUAAAUCAGACUACCCAAACAAAGUCUAUUUCGACGUCGCUAUCCAAGUUGGCAACGAGGUGCUUGGAUCUUCUCUACGUGAUAAACCAAUGGAGACAUGGGAGAAUGCAGUAGAGAAGUUGAAAGAAGUUCGUGACAAGAAAAUCUUUGAAAAGUUGAGGAUUAGUUAUGAUUUGUUGGAGAGGUCGGAGCAGGAAAUUUUUCUAGACAUUGCAUGUUUUUUUAAAAGGAAAAGUAAAAGCCAAGCAAUAGAAGUCCUUCAAAGCUUUGGAUUUCAUGCUGUUCUUGGAAUAGAAAUAUUGGAGGAAAAAUCUCUCAUUACUACUCCUCAUGACAAGAUACAAAUGCAUGAUUUGAUCCAAGAAAUGGGUCAAGAAGUUGUUCGUAGAUUGUUUCCCGACAACCCUGAGAAACGAAGUAGGUUGUGGCUUCGCAAGGAUAUAAAUCUUGCUCUAAGUCGCAAUCAGGUAGGAACAGAAGCCAUUGAGGGCAUAAUGAUGGAUUCAAGUGAGAAGGGAGAGUCACAGUUGAAUGCCAAGUCCUUUGCAGCAAUGACCAAUCUCAGAGUGUUGAAAGUUAACAAUGUUUACCUUUCUGGAGAUCUUGAAUAUCUCUCUGAUCAGUUGCGGUUUCUCAAUUGGCAUGGCCCUUUGAAAUAUUUUCCACCAAAUUUCAACCCCAAAAGACUAUUAGAACUUGAGCUGCCCAACAGCUGCAUUGAGCAUCUCUGGAAGGGUUCAAAGAGUUUGGAUAAAUUGAAAACAAUAAAUCUAAGUGACUCCCAAUUCAUUUCCAAGACACCUGAUUUCACCGGUGUUCCAAAUCUAGAAAGAUUGAUUUUGAGUGGCUGUGUGGGACUCUCCAAGCUUCACCAAUCUCUAGGGACUUUAAAGUAUCUUAUUCAAUUGGAUCUCAAGAACUGCAAAUCUCUAAGAGGUAUCCCUUUCAAUAUCAGCUUGGAAUCACUUGUUAUUUUAUCUCUUUCAGGCUGUUCAAGGCUCAAGAAUUUCCCAAAGAUUAUGGGAAACAUGAAACAUUUGUCAGAGMUUCAUUUAGAUAAAACUUCCAUACAAGAGUUGCAUCCAUCAAUAGGAAAUUUACCAAAACUUGAGCUGUUAAAUCUCAAAAAUUGCACAAAUCUUCUCAAACUUCCAAGCACUAUUGGGCUUUUGACAUUUCUGAAAACCCUCRACUUAAAUGGCUGCUCAAAACUCGACAGAAUUCCAGAGAGUUUGGGAAACAUUUCUUGUCUAGAGAAGCUUGAUGUAACCAAUACUCUUGUACAUCAAGCUCCAUUGUCCCUCCAACUUCUGACAAAUCUCGAAAUACUAAAUUGUCAAGGUUUGUCUCGUAAAUKUGUCCACUCAUUGUUCCCAUGUUGGAAUUUUUCAUGGAACUCCUCGAACUCUCAAGGCUUGAAGUGGACAUACUGCUUUUCUAGCUUUGGCUCAAUGAGGAAUCUGAAUUUAAGUGAUUGUAAUUUGUUGGAUGGGGACAUACCAAACAAUCUUGAGAGCUUGCCUUCAGUUCAAAUUCUUGAUCUAAGUGGCAAUAGUUUUACUUGUCUUCCUGAAAGCCUUUGCCAACUUGUGAAUCUUAGAACUCUUGUUUUGGUAAAUUGCACAAGGCUUCAAAUUUUGCCUAAACUUCCACUCAGUGUGCGCAAUGUGGAAGCAAGGGAUUGUGUUUCACUUAAAGAAUAUURCAAUCAGGAGAAGCAGAUGCCUUCAAGUUCAACAGGUAUUACUGUUAUAAGUUGCCCGAUAACAAAUGAACUUCAGAAUUUCAAGAUUGAUAGGAUCGACCUGUCGAGUAUCCACCUUCGGACGAUGUUUCAAAGAUACAUCGAGGCUCUUACAUGGCAACAAGAAGAAUACUUCUUUUCCAUUCCUUACACUCAACUCAUUUCAUGCUUCGACCACAAAAAGCUUGGAUCCUCAAUCACAGUCCAUUGUGCUCAAGACACACCAGAAUCUGAAGAUAAUACGAGAAUUGGGAUUGCUUUAUCUGCUUUCUUUGAGUUACAAAACCCUCAAUCAUCUUGCAGUUGCAACUUCCUCAUCCAAUUGGAAACAGACGAUUGUCCUUUUAAAUCUCCUCUAGUAUUUGACAUGAACGAGGACAAAUUGAGGCCUCCACAAGGGCUUCUGGUGUUCUAUAUACCAUUCAGAAAGAUCAGUUAUUGGUUGAGCCAAUCUUGCUGUGUAGAUGUCUCCAUAAUGGCUAUGAAUCCAGUGGUGAAAGUGAAGGCAUGUGGGGUUUCUUUACUGUUCCAGAAAAAUGGUGGGCUGUUCAUUGGAAAGAUUAUGAAGGGUCUUUUUGGGUCUCCUGAUUUUGUCCAUAAGUUCAUGGUUGAUCAUAUAUUGAAUGGUCAAAAGCAUGUGGAAGUCUCUAGCUUGUUGGAAGGAGGGACAAAUGCCAGAAGCUAUUGGCUAAAUGCCUUGCAUAGGACGGUCGGAUCAUUACCAAAGCUUCAACCAAGUAGACAACCUAAUGCUACACAAGGCUGUUCCUCUACUCCUAACGCAUCAAAUGGACGCCAAGUGCAUGAAAAUGAUUCAACAAUCAUGUUGAAGAAAAGCCUCAAAUCGGUGCUAUGUAGAACUUUUGAGGAUUUGAAGCUUAAUGGUGAAUACUACAUUUUUCCUCGAGGAGAGAUUUCUAAAGAGUGGUUUACCCUUCAAGCUUCCUCCAAAUUUGCACAAAACCAAGAGAUGGAUGGGCUUGGCUCUCUUCGCGAUAUUCGCCAUCGACAAGAAGUCAAAAAUUUCACAAUCUUUCUCGUAUCAAGUAGAAUCCGAUGAAUAUCAUUUAGGGCGCCCGUCGAUCAUUCGCUUGCAUGAUGGAGCAUUCAACGACUCCCAUCAACUAUGGGUGUGUUAUGAGCCUCGUGCCGUGUAUCCUUAUCGGUUAAACAAAUGGAGGCAUCUUCGUGUUUCGUUUCUACCGCAUUGCUCGAACACGAAAGUAGUGUUAUGUGGUGCACGUCUACUCUACAAGCAAGAUUUGGAUGGCUUUAUCAAAACUAUCAUUGAUAGUAUACUUGGUUGCUCUCGUAACCUCUAUGAGUUUUAUAAUAGAGUGUUUUUGAAAGGUAUGUUGAGUUUGAUAAGAUCGCAAAGAUACGAUCCGAAUCAGGAGGAGGAAGAAGAGGAAGACGACUACUUGAUGGAAUCGAAGGCGAAACUAGAAACUACUGGACCAAAUUAUGCUUCCACAUCUAGUAAUUCUUGUGUAGCUACAACAAGGAGCCUAAAUGCUAACAAUGAUCACUAUGUCGAGCUAAAGAAAAGUCUUCAACUUUUCUUCCAAAGGAGUUUACAGAACCGAUACGAGACAACAUUUGAUUUUGUCAUCCCUGGACGUGACAUUCCACAACUGUUUACCCGCCAGCCAGAGAGAAACAGAGCAACCAUUCAACUGCCUCCAACGUUGUAUACAAACAACAAUUGGAUUGGGUUUGUUGUUUGCACACUUUUGAACAUCAACAAGAAUCCAACAGCAAUCUUCAACAAUCUUGGUUCAAUGGUACCCCAUGACCUGAUGUGCCAGUUUACAAUUGAGCAAGGUCUUCUAAAGCCACUUCACAUCCACACUACAAUGGAGAACAAAUGGUUAUGGUUGGACCAAAGGCAAUUUGUUUGGUUGUACUAUACGCCACGAAGAACGUUCGGUAACGUCUUACGCCAUUGCUCUUACAUUCAUGCCAUCGUCGAAACUGAUAGUCCUGAGUUGGCGGUUCGCAGUUGUGGAAUUUAUCUAGUGCAUAAUCAAGAUCGGGAGAACGUUGAUCAAAUAUUGAUGGAAUCUAUAUCCAUAAAGAGGCAUUUAGAUGACUAGAUACAUAGACUAACUUUGUUGUACAAUUUCAAUUGAAGGGCAAACAAAAUUUUGAGGUAUAAACUUUGUUGGCAUCAAGAUGACUAGAUACAUAGACUAACUUUGUUGUACAAUUUCAAUUGAAGGGCAAACAAAAUUUUGAGGUA